AUGCUUGAAAGGUUACAGCGUCCGCUUGCAACUAUCAAUGACUGCUCUGCGGCUUUGGCAGUGAACGCAGGCUCUGCAAAGGCCUAUAAGAUCAGGGCACGGGCUCAUGCGCAGCUCGAGAAUUGGACGGAGGCACAAUCCGAUUUCCAGAAGAGUUUGAAGAUCGACUUCAAUGAGGCAACAGAGGAGGAAGCGAAGCUGGUAGAGUCAAAACUGGCAAAAGCUUCGGAGCACUUGCAGCGCUGGGAAGUUGUUGGGGGCGCAGACAAAGGUGGUGUUGUGGUGCGGAAGGGAUUCGAGCUGAAGUCUUCAGAGGCUUCUUGCCGACUAUGCACUGGAGCUAUCGUGGAGGAGCUGGAGCUAAGGGGUGAGCGGUUAAGAUAUCGCCGCCUGAGUGGCACCGGUCCAGAUGAAGGAUGGAUAAGUAUCUCCUUGAAGGACAAGGUCUUGGCCUGCCGACUCGCGAACAAGACAGCUGAUGCAGAGAACGAGAACUUUGAAGAAGACGAGCCACCUUUUCCAGAGAUGGCACCCAACGACAUCAAGGAGCUGGAGGAUGAUGCGCUUGAAAAGCAGCAGAUGCUCAAAGCGCAGAGUGCAGAACUGGCUGACGAACAGCAUUUUGAAGAAGCAAUGGAGAAACUCACUGAGGCGAUCAUUGUGGGAUGCGCGACAGCGCUAAUGUAUGGGAGGCGAGCAGAGCUGCUGAUGCGGCUUGGCAGACCUCGUGCAGCGAUGCGCGACUGCUGCCGCGCUUUGGAGCUCAAUCCAGACUCUGGCAAGGCCUACAAGACGCGGGCGCGGGCAAAUUCAAAGCUGAAGCGCUGGACCUCUGCCCAUGCAGACUUCCAGGAGGGCUUGAAGAUAGACUACGAUGAAACUACUUAUGAAGAGUCAUUGACAGUGGCAAGCAAGAUGAAGGAGAUUACAGCAGUGGCCACAGCUCGUCGAGUGAAGGAGGAAGCAGACAGGGAGCGGAAGCAGGCGCCAUCUCUGAAAGAGCAGGAACUACGGGAACAACGCGCUCGACAUCAGGAAGAGCAGCAGAAAGCACAGGUGCGCAAGACUCGCAGCUGUUUGCUCCAUCGAAGCAAGAAAUACACUUGA